AUGCAUUUUCUAGGGCUAUCACCUCUCUACCUUGUAUCCCUAUCUCUUCUUCUCCAAGGUGUUCUUGGAGCAAGCCCUCUCUAUCACAUCUGCUCCACAACCCAAAACUACACUUCCAAUGGUACCUACGAGACCAACUUGAACAAGUUGAUGGCUUCUCUCUCCCAUCGUGUUCCUCACUCAGGCUUCGGACAUGUCUCAGUUGGCCAAGAACCUAACCGCGUAUACGGGCUUGGCCUAUGUCGAGGUGAUGUCUCAAGCACCGAUUGUAAGACCUGUAUUGCCAAUGCAAAGACACAAAUUCUCCAAAGCUGUCCUAAUGACAAAGGAGCCAUCGUUUGGUACGAUUAUUGUCUUUUGAAAUACUCAAAUGACGAUUUCUUUGGAAAGAUUGACACCACCAACAAAGUCUACAUGUGUAACACACAGAACGUAAGUGAUCCCGCCACGUUCAAUUCCAAAGUUAGAGAAUUGCUAAACCAGGUAGCUACUAAGGCUCAUCAUGGUUCAAAAAUGUAUGCUACUGGCCAGCUUGUGCUUGAUGGUUCAGAGAAGCUCUAUGGUUUGGCUCAGUGUACCAGGGACCUCUCUAGAGCUAACUGCAAGAAGUGUCUGGAUGAUGCAAUAAACGACCUUCCUACUAGUUGUGAUGGUAAAAGAGGAGGUAGAGUUGUUGGUGGUAGCUGUAAUAUAAGAUACGAGCUCUACCCCUUUGUAAGUUCUUAG